AUGACACGUGGGAAGCAUACCGAGAAAUCUGCCGCAAGGAUCGCUCGCGCAAAGCCAGGCGUAAGUCCAGCAGAGUUCCAGAAGAAAAAGACAUGAAGCUGACCGGGCCCAGUCUCGACAAGCAGAAAACGCCAAAAUUGCCGCUCAACGAAAUGCUACCGCGGGUUCGCAAGGAGGAAAUAAUGGAGGAUAUCAAGGAUCUACAUGUACGGAACACAACCGUUUCUGCUCGAGCACCGAACCUUGCGAGUAUCACCGGUAACCUUAACGAUUCAAGAGCGGGUCACGGAGAAUAG